CGAAAUUAAGAAAUUAAAUGGAGUGAAUUGUGGCUUGGCACUGUGAAAAUCACAGAGCUUUUGACUUUAAUCAUCAGCUUAAACAGGUCUAUAUAUAAGAGAGAAUUAUGCGUAUCUAGGAGGAAGUGAUAUGGAGGGACAGGUGGCACAGAGAGUGUUGUAGGAGCAUCUUCUUGACUUGACCCCCACUCAGCUCCAUCUCCCUCCAUGCGAUUAAAGGGUGAACAACAAAUAUUUUACUUAAAAAACAACUUCGGUUCAGGCGCCUUUUCAUUUCCACCCGAUAUAUUCUGCGAAAUCUUCUUCUUCUAUUCUUCUUGCAGGCGCAAAACUUCCUCAACUACCCAAGGAAUAGUAGGGCCGGAGGAAAGUUGGAUUUUUUCAAACAGAUUUUUCACUAUGUGUUCUCCUGUCAUGGAUUCUUUUCUGGACUUUUCCCGCGCACCCACCUGUUAUAUAUGUUGUUCUGGCUUUUCCAUCAAUACCCACUUGAUUUAUAUGAGGAUUCACUUGGUGGGUCUGCGAUAGCUUAGCUUGUGUAGAAGCAUCGAUUUAUAAAAUGGGUGUUUGCAAACUUAUUUUGAUGCUGCUCACAGAAGAAGAUCAGAACAGAGUGUUGAGCUUAUGAAAUGUUCAAGUUGAAGUGGACAACUUAGGCCUCCGAAGUGAGGGGAGGGACCCAAUAGCCUUGCAUACAUGGAUGAUGAAGGUAGAUCGGACAUCAAAGAUUGGGAUACAAUUGAAAAAGGUAUUGACAAAGGUAUAAGGGAUAUCAUAGGAUUGAAAUUCAUGUCUAGCCUUGCAGAGCGUGAUGCAGCUAUCCUAGAGAGGAAUUCUGCAUUUGCAGAGAAGAAAGCUGCAUAUUCUGAAAGGGAAGCUGCAAUCUUAGAAAGGGAUGCAGCUUAUGCAGACCGGAGCUCUGCAUUUUUUGAGCGUGAUGCAGCAAUUGCUGCUCUUGACUAUGCUAGGGAGGGUAGUUGGAAUGGACAGAAGACUCUCCCUUGUGGAACUUUAGCCAGUGCAAAGAUUUUGCAAGUGAUUGCAGAUAAUCCUUCAUUUUUGCCUAGAGAAUAUCAACCUGUACGAUCUGUUAAUCCAGGGUUUCCUCCAAUUUUAGAGGCUUUACCAUCUGCAGAGCCUCAGAAGAUGAUUAAGCAUGAGUUUAUAACGAGGGAGGAUGAGAAAGAGAGCCCCUCCAAGAGAAAAUAUGACCAUUGUGAAACGAAAACUCAAAAGCCCAAAAAGCAGAGAAAACAGGGGACUCAAUCUGAGGAAGGUUUAAAUGGGGAGGUCACAGUUAAGAAUGAGCAGAAGAAUCUAGAUGUUGUUAUUAAUGGAAUUGUUUUUGAUAUUUCUGCAAUGCCUAUUCCCGUUUGCUCCUGCACUGGUGUGCCUCAACAAUGUUAUAGGUGGGGGAGUGGUGGUUGGCAGUCAGCCUGUUGUACUACAAAUAUAUCACUGUAUCCUCUCCCAAUGAAUCCCAAGCGGCGAGGUGCGCGUGUUGCUGGAAGGAAAAUGAGUGGUGGUGCCUUCAAGAAAUUAUUAGAAAGGCUUGGAUCUGAAGGCCAUAAUAUAAAUUAUCCUAUUGACUUGAAAAGUCAUUGGGCAAAACAUGGUACAAACAAGUUUGUUACUAUCAGGUAGAUGCAAAUGAUUACAGGGAUUAGAUUUAUUUCUUUAUCCUCACAUAUUGUUCAUAGUCAUACCUGUUAGAUCUCCAUCUGUCUUCUUUCACCAAUAGCAUUGUACAGUAUUAGGAGAAAUUUUGUUAGGACAAAUGUGGAAAUUGUACUAUGUUUUGAUAAAUAGAACAUGGAGUUGGCUGAUGAA